AUGGAGUUGGCAGACGGAUCGACAGAUAUCGUGCAUCCAGAGGUGCGCGCGCACAUCAACAGUCUUGUCUCUGCUCUAGGAGGUGCCAGUGCCGACGACGAUGGCCGUUAUCAACUCGGAGACGACGCCCUCGAGGUUCUUCGCGAUAUAAAACGAUGGCUGCGAUUCUACGACGAAAAGACAAACCGCAUGGACGUUGCGCGAUGCAUCCACGAGGCGAACUUAAUCGAGGGUGACUUGCUCCCCAUUCUUGCGACAUGGCCCGAGAACGCUCUCGACAGCCAGUUCAAGGCCAGGAUAGCACUGGCUUGUUACGAACUGAUGGCGUCUCUCACUUGGCCAAUGGAGAAAGACAGAGAGCGCAUGACGAUCAAUCACCAUCGUCACAUGCCUGUCCUAGAGCUUGCUCAAGUUGGAUAUAAGCGAGCCAUCAUCAAUUUCGACGGCGCUCAAGUGCUUCACACAGCUGUGCGAGUGGCACUUCCAGCUAUGGCUGUUCCAAUCGGCGAUCGAUCACAGCGCGAGCAGGGCAUCAUCAAGCUCAUGUUGUUCUUCCUCCGCAACGUAGCAAUGAUCGAGCCACCACCCGACGUCAAAUACGAAGGCGACGAGUCCCAAAUAUCGCGAUCCGCCACCAUCGACGCAUUUUCGUACCAGGACAUCUUUCUCGUACUGUUGACUCUCGCUUCCAACAUGGGCGACGAUUUCCGAACCGAAGACACAUCUGUCAUGGAGGUUAUUUACCAUCUGGUGAAACAGGUCGACAUAGAGAAGCUCUUCAUGAACGAGCAGCAACUUAGCAAGGCAAAGGCCGGAGAGCUCGCCAGCAUGAUGAAUAAGGAGUCGUCCAUGCUGAAGGCAUAUAAUCGCAAGGGGCCAACCCGCCAUAACCGAUUCGGGACUAUGAUCUGGGUUAAGCGAGACGAUGGCAAAAUGUCAUCGCUCUCUGGACAGGAUGCACUGGCUGAUGCCUCGGCGAGAAACCAGAAGCUCGACAGCUCCAAAACUUUCCGGCCUCCUCGCCGAGCACGAAAAGGAGACAAGAACGAGAAAGAUCUUGGACUACCAGCUAAGCUCAACUCUCGCGCUUACGACCAGCUGCGAUCAUUUGUGGAGGAUUUCCUCGACUCCGGUUUCAAUCCUCUCUUCCAACAUGUUCGCAAGACAAUUGACAGAGAAGCGACAUAUGUUAUGCAGUAUCAUCGUCGACAAUUCUUCUACCUGGUAGCGUGGUUUCUAGAAGCAGAGCGUAUGAGACGUAAAGCAAGAAAACAAGCAGGCAAGAAUACUAGCGAAGAUGUCACCAGCUUCAACCUUGUUGCUGGUGUUCUGAACCAGGAGAUGUUUAUUACUCUCAAUAAGGCCCUUCACGAGUCUCUUGAAAUGAAAGACUGGGCAGAGUUGACUGCGGUCAUGCGGUGCUUCACCCAGAUUCUCCUUACGGUUCAGGAAAUGUCAGAGUCUGGUAAUGAGGAAGACGAAGAGAUCGCCGAGAACGUCCUCAGCCGUCUGUUUUACGAAGAGGCCACCCACGAUGCAAUUGCAAAUAUCAUCAGAAGCUACAAAGACCAAAACUUCAACUAUCUUGAUGCCGCCACAGAGCUCGUCCAUCACUUUUUGCGUAUCCUAGAAGGAUACUCUAAGCAGAACAUCGACAUGCAGGUUCGUUCGCGGAAGCGCACUCGACGGAAGAAGAAGGCAACACAAGACGCAGCAGGAGUUGGCAACGACAGCGAUAAUGAUGAGAACGACGGUUCAGAUAAUGAUGCCCAAUCCGCUGAGCGAACCACAAAGGAACGUAAAUUCGACUUCCAUCGCUUCGCCACACGGUUCACACCCCAGUCGGUGGUCGACACAUUUUUCGCCUUUACCAAAUAUUAUCGCGAUCUGACUGAUUCGCAAUUGAAGCGAGCGCAUCGGUACUUCUACCGUGUAGCUUUCAAAGCAGAGGCGAGUGUCAUGCUGUUUCGUGUCGACAUCAUUCACCUCUUCUAUAACAUGACCAAAGGACCGGCUGCGCUAGACAAGUCGUCCAACAUGUACAAGGAAUGGGAAGAGCUUGUGAAGCAGAUUCUAAGAAAAUGCUUUAAAAAACUUGAGCAGCGCCCAGAACUCCUCGUAGAAAUGCUGUUCAGUAAGGGAUCAAGUGCUGCCUUCUUUCUCGAGUACGGCUUUGAACGGCAGACAGUCACUACAGCCAGCAAGUCAAAGCCUGCAACUGAGCUUGUGUUCAAGAACACCGAAGAAUUGGAUCGACAGAUUGCUAUCGUGGUGGGAGCGAUGCUAGACAAGAACCAGGCAGACCACAUUGCUUGGAUCAAGAAGAUUCUUGGUGAGGCCGAGAGCGAGCGUCGAGCCUUUGCGGUGGCUGAGGAGGCGAUGGCCUCUGUUGAACCGGCGCAAGAAGACUUGGAGGAACAGCCAACAGAGUCGGGGCCCAAACCGCCCCCUAUCUUCUUCGUUCGUCCGGAUGAUAAUGCCCGCCGGACUGCUAUGUUCAAGAACUCUCAUAUGCGACUCCUCAUGAAUCUUGCUGGUCUUAACCUUCUGGGUCCGGCUUCAGAAGAAACACCCGAGUCUGCUUGGAUCAUACCUGCCGAUGUCACAGCAGAUUCUCUCAAGGAUGCUAUCCAUUACAUCAAUCAAGCCGAGUUUAGCCCCCCAACCUUUGAUGAGGGUGUUCUCGCAGAGCAUCAGCUAAAGCGCAAGGUUGCUCCGCGGAAAAGAGCCGCCUUCGAUGACGAUGAAGAGGGCGAGAACGAUGAUGCGAUGUUCGAAGCGCUUGGCCCUACGGUGCGCAAGGCUAUUGAUGAUGACAGACCCAAAAAGUUGCCUAAGAAAAGGAAACCCCGCAAGGAGCUCACCGAAGAGGAGAGGGAGCAGAAACGCAUAGAGAGGCGUGAACGCGAGUACAAAAAAGAAAAGAUAUACAAGUCACAGGCGCGGGUUAGGAGAGAAGACGAUGAGACGGACGAGGAGUAUGAUGCGAUCUUCUACGCUCGAGAGCUUGCAUCCAAAGAGCAAAACGAUCAAAUUUACAUGGCUGCCACUAGGCCGGGUCUUGUCUCUGUAGCGAAGAAGUCUACAAAAAAGCCCGCUAAGAAGAAUGCAAAGACAGCUACAGAGAGCGAGUCAAGUGAGGAGGAUGAGGAUGAGGAUGAGAGCGAGGAAGAAGAGGAGGUGGGGGAAGAGGAAGAGGAAGAAGAAGCUGAUUCAGACAACGAUGGCAUGGCGUUUAUACGCAAUGCAAUGAAUAACACUCUUGAAGAAGAGGAGGAGACAGAAGAAGCACAGCCGGAUGGCAGUGAUGGAGAGAGCCGUAAAAGGAGACGUAUCAGCGUGGAAAAGACACAGCCUGGCAAAGAUGAAGAAAUGAGUGGCAUAGACAAAGAAGGAGAAGACGACGAGGAUGAUAUGCCUGUUGCUGCUGCUGCUCGAAGACCCCGGGUACGUGGUGGCUUUGUUAUCAGCGAAGAUGAAGAUGAGGAUGAGUAG